AUGAACAGGGCCCCUCUGAAGCGGUCCAGGAUCCUGCACAUGGCCAUGAUGGGAAGCUCAGACCCCUCCGGAGAGGCGGAGGGCAGCGAGGAGAAGCCCUUUCUGAUGCGGGCGUUGCAGAUCGCACUGGUGGUCUCUUUAUAUUGGGUCACCUCCAUCUCUAUGGUGUUUCUGAACAAGUACUUACUGGACAGCCCCUCCUUGCGGCUGGACACCCCCAUCUUCGUCACUUUCUACCAGUGCCUGGUCACUGCGCUGCUAUGCAAGGGCCUUAGCACACUGGCUGCCUGCUGCCCGGGCUCUGUGGACUUCCCCUCUCUGCGCCUGGACCUGAGGGUGGCCCGCAGUGUCCUGCCCCUGUCCGUGGUCUUCAUCGGCAUGAUCACCUUCAAUAACCUCUGCCUCAAGUACGUCGGCGUAGCCUUCUACAACGUGGGCCGCUCGCUCACCACCGUGUUUAAUGUGCUGCUCUCCUACCUGCUGCUCAAACAGACCACCUCCUUCUAUGCCCUGCUCACCUGUGGCAUCAUCAUUGGCGGCUUCUGGCUUGGUGUGGACCAGGAAGGAGAAGAGGGUACCCUGUCUUGGGUGGGCACGCUUUUCGGCGUGCUAGCCAGCCUCUGUGUCUCACUCAACGCCAUCUAUACUAAGAAGGUGCUUCCGGCGGUGGACGGCAGCAUCUGGCGUCUGACUUUCUACAACAAUGCCAACGCCUGCGUGCUCUUCCUGCCCCUACUCCUACUGCUAGGGGAGCUACAGACCCUCCACAACUUCGUCCAUCUGGGCAGCGCCCACUUCUGGGGUAUGAUGACGCUGAGUGGCCUGUUUGGCUUCGCCAUUGGCUACGUAACAGGACUGCAGAUCAAGUUCACUAGCCCCCUGACCCACAACGUGUCAGGCACGGCCAAGGCCUGUGCCCAGACGGUGCUGGCUGUCCUCUACUAUGAGGAGACCAAGAGCAUCCUCUGGUGGACAAGCAACAUGAUGGUACUGGGUGGCUCGUCUGCCUAUACCUGGGUCAGGGGCUGGGAGAUGAAGAAGGUUCCAGAAGAGCCCAGCCCCAAGGAGGACGAGAAGAGCCCCCUAGGGGUGUGA